CCACAAUCGGCUUUGUAUCCUGCACGACUCCAUCCUCACAAAGAAACAAAAUGAUACUGGUAACAGGGUAAAGGGACCAAAUAGCUUGUUGAACUAAGUUUAAACAUAAAUAGCUUCCCAUUUCUUCUCUUUCUCUCUCCUUUUUAAAUUCAUUCCUAUAGCGCUUUACAUUCCCUUUCUUCGAGUAAGGUUUUAGCAAAACCCCUCUUUUCUAUUUCGGUCAUUACUUUUGCUGUCGUUUUUCGGUGGUUUACCUGUCGGACUGUCGUUUUUCUUGUUUGACCGGAAAUGUCGUCGUCGGUAGCGCUGGAGACAGAGAAGAAAGAAGAGCAUGUGAAAGGAGGGGAACUGUUGUUCUGUCGUACGACAUAUUGGGGCACCGCUGACCGCCGUCACGUGCCACCGAUAAGCAACUUAGUUUCUCCAACACGACUUCGUCCUCUCGUCGGCGUCGACAUCCGCUUCGUUGCAUCAGGCUGCGCAUCUAGUCAUUGUGUGGCAUUGGAUAUCGAUGGACGUUGCUACACAUGGGGACGAAAUGACAAGGGGCAACUUGGACACGGUGAUAAAAUCAUUCGAGAGAAGCCAACACUCGUGACUGGUUUGUCUAAUUUCAAAGCUGUGAAAGCAGGAAGUGGGUUAGGUCAUACUGUUGUUCAAACUGAAGAUGGCCUUUCUUUCUCUUUUGGUUGGAACAAACAUGAGUUUGAAUUAUCUCCAGUACGUUGUCUUAUAACGGACGUAAAAGAUGUUUCAUGUGGGGCUGAUUUUACUGUUUGGUUAUCUUCCAUUGAAGGCGCUUCGAUACUAACUGCGGGACAUCCACAGUAUGGUCAACUUGGACAUGGAACUGAUAAUGAGUACAACAUGAAGGAAAGCUCUGUGAAGCUUGCUUAUGAAGCUCAACCGGUGCCUAAGGCAAUAACUUCUCUUUCUGAGGAAACAAUAAUCAAAAUUGCUUGUGGGUCUAAUCAUACAGUUGCAUUGGGUUCAAAGGGCUAUCUUUAUACGUGGGGAAAUGGAGGAUAUGGAAGGCUUGGACAUAGAGAGCAAAAAGACGAAUUUACCCCUCGGCGUGUUGAUGUUUUCACAAAGCAUAAUACUUUACCACCCACUGCGGUUAUUUCAGCUGGUUGUGUAAACUCUGCCUCUACUGCUGGUGCAGGGCAGAUGUACAUGUGGGGUAAAAUAAAGGUUACUGGUGAUAAUUGGAUGUACCCUAAACCUCUCAUGGAUCUCAGUGGUUGGAACAUAAGAUGCAUGGAUUCAGGGAAUAUGCAUUAUUUUGUUGGUGCGGAUACUUCAUGCAUAAGUUGGGGCAAUGCACAAUCUGGUGAACUUGGAUAUGGGCCUAAUCAACAGAAAUCUUCAGCGAUACCCAAAAAGGUUGAUGAUCUUGAGGAUAUGCAUGUUAUCGGUGUUGCAUGUGGUUCAGCACAUUCCUUGGUGGUGGUUGAUAGAUCAAAUGUAGGGAAACGGCUUGACAAGCUUGAUGUUUAUGAUGGCAAAGAUCCCAGUGAAGUGAUUGAAGAACCUUCAACUGCUAAGAAACCUAAAAAGAAGACUGAAAAAUCCAACACGAGGAAGGCGAAAUCUGAGGAGCCACCUGAGUCAGAAAUUGAAGAGGAAAACAGUAAUGAUAGUGAUGGAGAAGCAAAUGGGUGUGGUGGAAGGAAGCAGCAGAAGGGUGGCAAAGGCCGCCCAUCAGCCACCACAAAGGGAGGAGCAACAUCUGAAAAAUCCAACAAGAGAAAGACGAAAUCUGAGGAGCCACCUGAGUCAGAAGUCGAAGAGGAAAACGGUAGUGAUGAAAAAGCUGGAAGGAAGAAGCAGAAAGGUGGCAAAGGCUGCCCAUCAGCCGCCACAAAGGGAGGAGCAAUACCAACACCAACACCGGCCAAAAGAGGAAGAGGAAGGCCCAAGAAAUCUUAGACAAAGGGGUUUAGGCAGUUUGUAGUUGUAACUUUUUGUUUCGCUAAUCUUUGUAUAUUUUGAUGAUUCACCUUUGUAACUGUUGUUUUUUAGUUGGGAUGUGGUUAUAUUUAGCAGGUGUUUGAGAUGGC